GAAGUGGAAAGCCAAAGCAAACUAAUUAGCACAAAUUGGGAAGGCUAUGUAGAUUGGAGAAAUAGGCCAGCACUUAUCAAUAGACAUGGUGGCUUGGUGGCUUCAUCCUUUGUCUUAGUGGUGGAGGUGCUGGAGAAUUUGGCAUAUCUAGCAAAUGCAAGCAACUUGGUGAUGUACUUGUCUGAGUACAUGCACUAUUCACCAACCAACUCAGCAAAUUGUGUGACUAACUUUAUGGGAACAGCCUUUCUACUAGCUCUUCUUGGUGGCUUCUUAUCUGAUGCUUUCUUCACAACUUAUCACAUCUAUUUGAUCAGUGCAUUCAUUGAAUUUCUGGGUCUAGUGGUACUCACAAUACAAGCUCGAUCGGACUCGUUGAAACCAUCAAAGUGCAAUCCAGAGAUGCCUUGUGAACAAGUCCGCGGUGCACAAGCUGCAAUGUUGUUUAUAGGACUUUACUUAGUGGCAUUGGGUGUUGGAGGUAUAAAGGGAUCAUUGCCACCCCAUGGAGCUGAACAAUUUGAUGGAGAAACACCACAAGGGAGGAAACAAAGAUCAACUUUCUUCAAUUACUUUGUGUUUUGCCUCUCAUGUGGUGGCCUCAUUGCUGUCACAUUUGUUGUCUGGGUUGAAGACAAUAAAGGUUGGCAAUGGGGAUUUGGGAUUUCAACUCUUGCUAUAUUAUUAUCGAUCCCAAUAUUCCUUGCUGGUUCACCUUUCUAUAGGAAUAAGAUCCCUCGCGGAAGUCCUCUAACUACUAUAUCUAAGGUUCUUAUUGCUGCAAUGCUAAACUCUUGUGCAUCGAGAAAUUCAAGUAGUGUAAUAGCAAGUCUUGGAUCAAGCCCUUCGACAAUUCCAGUACUAUCGAAUGAAGAGGAAAGUACUACAAACAACAAACAUGUAGUAGAAUCAAUCAAUAUACCAUCGAAAAGUCUGAGAUUCCUUAAUCGAGCAGUGGUAAAGAAACCUGCAGCAGCAUCUGGUGUGCUGAAAUGUUCGGUACAGGAAGUGGAAGAAGUGAAGAUUGUGGUGAAAAUUCUCCCGAUUUUCGCGUGUACUAUCAUGCUCAACUGUUGCUUAGCUCAACUAUCCACAUUCUCAGUUCAACAAGCUGCAACUAUGAAUACAAAAUUUGGUAAGUUAAAAGUACCACCAGCUUCACUUCCUAUUUUCCCUGUACUUUUCAUCAUGAUCCUGGCACCAAUUUUCGACUACUUCAUCAUCCCAUUUGCUCGUAAGGUAACCAAGACAGAGAUGGGAAUCACUCACCUACAACGUAUAGGAAUCGGAUUGUUCCUCUCUGUUAUAGCAAUGGCAAUUGCAGCUCUUGUUGAAAUCAAACGGAAAAGAGUAGCUACUGACUUGUCACUACUCGACUCUUCAAAGCCAUUACCUAUAACGUUCUUUUGGAUCGCGAUUCAGUACUUAUUUCUUGGAUCAGCUGAUUUGUUCACUCUAGCUGGACUACUAGAAUUCUGUUUCUCAGAAGCACCAUUUAGUAUGAGAUCAUUAGCAACAUCACUCUCUUGGGCUUCAUUAGCAAUAGGAUACUAUCUAAGCACAGUGAUAGUAUCCAUUGUCAAUAAUGUUACAGGAAAUUCAAAGCAUCAACCAUGGCUAGCCGGCGAAAACUUGAAUCACUUCCAUUUGGAGAGAUUCUACUGGUUAAUGUGCAUACUCAGCGCGUUGAAUUUCAUACAUUAUUUGUAUUGGGCAAGAAAAUACAAGUACAGAUCAGUAUCCUCUUAAGUAUAAGAGAAGUACUGGCAGCGCGGAUAUUAUAUAUAUAUAUAUAUAUAUAUAUAUGUAUGUAUGUAUGUAGAUUAAACUAUACAGACUGCUGAAUCCUUUAACUGUAAAUACGUCUGAUGAAUUGCGUGGGCGUUGUCCACGCAACAGCCAACAGGGCUAGCUAGACGAGGAAAAAGGAAUAUCGAUCCGGUUUUGAUCAAUUGAUAAAGAGUUGAUUUCAAUUCGUA